AUGUUUGAGCCCAUUGCAACUAUCAAAUUGGAUCAUCCAUAUGUGCUGGCUCGAUACAAGGAACACAAAGGCAGACUUGUCCAAAUUCGGAAAGUGGAGCUGCAAGCAUUCUCCGACCUUGGAUUACAACGGACGCUGAAACGCAUCUCUCACCCCGUUUUUCGGUCCUUAAUUGGAUGCUAUUAUCAUGGUGAUUCGGUGUUUUUGGUCUGGGAGCAUGUGGAACUGUCCGUCGCUUAUAUUCUGGCAUCGAUGCUCGUGAUCACAGCGAGUGAGAUCGUUGCAAUUGUCAAGCCAAUACUCGAAGGAAUCCAAUAUUUGGCUGAACGCGGGAGGGUGCUCGCCACUUUGACAAUGAAUACCAUUUAUUUCACUCAGUCGGGCAUGGUCAAGAUAGUUGGUGUCGAAGACAGCUGCGAGAUAGAUGCUCCAGAAAUGAAUGCUGCGACAAUGAAGCAGUCCGCUUUAGCGGAUAUUGUAAUCAAGCUGAUGGGAAAAUGCCAUCCGACGCAUGAGUGGCCUGUCGAGAUUGAAAAUCUACCUGAACAGCUUGAAACAUGCUCUUUGAAAAAGAUAUUGCAGCGUAUCAAGGCUGAUGUCCCAGACAACCCUCUUUCAGCAAAAGCUACACCCAGAAGAGUUGAAGUUGCUUGUCAAUUUGACGAAUAA